UUUUUUUUUGUUGAAAGUUUAUUGGGUGGGGCGAAAAAAACUUAAAACCAUGCCACACCUUUGUCAAGACUUGUCUGCAAAAGAAGGGACUGCAGGGAACAUGGGAUACAGUCAUUCAAUAAAAAGAAAAAUUCAACAUUCUUAAAGAAUCAGUCAGCGUCAACACACCUUGGAGGACGUGUAAAUAGGUGUAGGAGGGCAAACAUUUAUAAAAAGGAAAAGUUUGGGAGAAGAAGACAUUAAUUUGGCCUCAAUUGUUUCCAGAGGUUCUUCUCUUGUGGAUAUACACCAGGUGACUAUGGAAUGGAUAGCAUAAGUAAGAAAAGUUAUCGCGACGGCGGGGAAGUCACUGGAAGAACCUAUACGGAAACCGUAACAUCCUCAUCAAGACUUGUAUCUUUACCACCAAAAGGGGCGAACAGUAGUGGCUCCAAACUUUCCUACCAGACCGGAGGGGGUGGAAUGGAAAAAAAGUCCGUGGUCCAAAGCAGCACCAGCUACGUCACAUCAGGUGGAAGUUCAAGAUUAAACACUAGCACAUCUGGAUCCCGAUACCCUCAGUCCCCAAGUUCCACGCUCACCGUCUCCCCAAAUUCAACCUUCGAAAGGAAAACUUACACCUCCACCUCUCGCCAGGGAGGAUACGAAGGAAGUUCCAGUGGGAACUCUUCACCGGAAUACACUAGAAAAGAAAUGGCAUCUUCUUCCACAAGGGGGCGCACUCAGAGCAGAGAGACUGAAAUCCGUACUCGCCUCCAGAGUGCAUCACCCUCCACAAGAUGGACAGAACUUGACGAUGUGAAGAAACUUCUAAAAGGUGGACGUUCCACCAGCGUCAGCCCCACCAGAUCUCCAACAAACACCCUCCCUAUUCCCAAAAAACCUGUCGUGGAAACAAAAAUAGUAACAGAAAGCUCCCAGUCAGUUUCAGGAACAUACGACACAACGAUACUGGAUGCUGCCCUCCCAUCAUACAUGUGGACCUCCACGCUUCCAGCAGGGUCAUCCAUGGGUUAUCACAACAACAUGAGCUACGGGGCAUCUAUGAUGAAUGCCCAGUCUACAGGAUCAGUAUUUGGAAUGCCCAAUAACCUUGCACCAAGCUCUCCAUCUCUGAAUUCCGGGUAUAACUCUUCCUCUGCACUAUAUGGUGUUCAGAACAAUCUUGCCCCAAUCUCUGUGACGGGUCAAGGACCAGGCCCAGUCACUAACACCACCAGUACAACCGCCACUUCAGGAUACGGGGUAAAGAAGAAUGCUUCACAGAGUUCUGGUGGGAUGAGUACCACAGUUACCACAUCAACUGUUACCACUGGAAAGACCCAAGGUGAUGAAAUUCUCAGCAAGGAUUACAAGUUCCUCCUUCUCGAGAAGGAGAAGAGCCCUUCCAAAAAAGAAGGAGACAUGCUAAUAAUGUCCAAAGACACUGGCAAAGUCUUCACAGCCUCCAGCGGGGGUACUUCAGGCUCCUAUGGGGAAGAUGCAAUAAAGAAAGAGAAACAAAUGACCACAAGCGCAGACACGUUUUAUAAAGCUGAAGCUAAUGGAGGAUUGAAAGUAACUAAAGAUAAAGCCACGUAUGCAGAGAUACACCGAGCUGAUGCGUUGAAAGCUGUGGAUCACUACGAUGGCGGACGGGCCACCAGCGAUGCAGAUGCCAUCUGUGGACCUUGCGGCUCCUGUUGCAGGUGGUGGAUGUGGAUGCUCGGUUUACUUCUGGGACUUCUGUGCCUCCUCGGUCUUCUCUUCGGGCUGAUAUCUCUUUGGCAGGACGUGAAAAAUCUCCAGUCCCGUGUAGACAGCCUCGAAAAGAGCAGCCCGACCAACAGGGCCGUAGCGGAAUUCUUACAGUCUCGAGAAAGCGUGUCUGCGUUAGGAAGCGCGCCGGUCGGCUCAUCCAACACCAUAGACUUAUCAAGUAGCACCGGCACCGGCACAGCAGCGCUCAGCGAUCAGAACAAAGCACUGUUUUGGCAAUAUGUCAGGGAAAGAAUGCAGACGGAAAGAGGAAUGUUUGUUGGUGAAAAGGGUGAACCGGGACAGAAAGGUGAUAUGGGUAUGCAUGGAGACAGAGGAGAGAGAGGCCUUCCCGGACCACAAGGAGCUCCUGGUCUUAUCGGACAUCCUGGACCAGAAGGACCAAAGGGACAGAAAGGCAGUGCUGGGGAUGCUGGUAUCGAGGGCCCAGCUGGGCAAAGAGGACGAGAUGGGAUUCCAGGGCCCCGCGGUGAACCUGGUCUGCCAGGCAUUGGAGAAAAAGGAGACAGAGGUAUGGCUGGAGAACCAGGAAUGCCAGGAGCAGCAGGCCAGCCGGGCUCAAUGGGACUUAAAGGUGCAAUGGGUCCACAAGGUCCACAAGGACUUGCAGGUGCUCCAGGUCUUCAGGGAUAUAGGGGAGAACCCGGAGUACAAGGACCUAAAGGUGAUAAAGGAGCUACGGGAGCGCCAGGGAUUAAAGGUGACCAAGGUGAAAAGGGAUCCAGAGGUCUUACAGGAGAACCAGGACCACGCGGAUUGCCAGGUCCAACUGGAGAGGCAGGCGCUAAAGGAUCGGCAGGUCCACCAGGCCCAGAUGGUCACCAAGGUCCAAGAGGUGAACAAGGAACCAUCGGACUACCAGGGGCAAGAGGACCACCAGGAUCGUCCGGGGAUCCCGGCAUGCCAGGACUUCCAGGAGCACAGGGCCCACCAGGACCUCCCGGCACCCCCGGCAGAGCAGGAGCUAAAGGUGAUGCAGGAGAACCAGGAAGAGUCAUCAGCCAAGAGGGUAACACAUAUGCUCUGCCCGGACCUCCCGGACCUGCAGGACCUGUUGGACCGCCAGGUUCCCCAGGUGUCCCAGGCCCAGUUGGACCGGCUGGUCUUCCAGGACAACCAGGUGCCAAAGGAGCCAGAGGAGAACCCGGUGAACCAGGAAUUACUGUUUCAAGACCAGAAAAUACUUUUGCAGCACAGAGCAUGCCUGGAGCCCCCGGACCUCCCGGACCACCAGGUCCCCCAGGAGCCUCAAUUCAGGGACCACCCGGACAAUCAGGUGCUCAGGGACCACCAGGUCCAAUUGGUCCUCAAGGGCCACCAGGUGAAUCCAAAACAGGCGCUUCUGGCCAACCCGGACCACCUGGACCACCAGGACCACAGGGUCCACCAGGAAACUUUGUACCCUCAUCAGAAAGCUUCUUCACUGGUCCACCAGGACCUCCAGGUUUACCAGGCCAACCAGGAACCAAGGGAGACAGAGGUGAUCCAGGUAGCAGAGGCCCAGCAGGUCAGCCCGGUGAUCCAGGUCAACCAGGACUUCCCGGAGCUCCAGGACGUGAUGGACCAGCAUCCGUCGGGCCUGCAGGUCCACCAGGCUCCCCAGGAAUACCCGGACAACCCGGGCCACCAGGAGAAAGAGGUGAAGCCGGUAUUCCAGGAGCUCCCGGUAUUCCAGGAAGUUCACGAGGUUCACCAGCAGUUGGAAGACCUGGCCAAGGCACUUCUGGCCCGCCAGGCCCCCCCGGUCCUCCAGGACCUGCCGGACCUCCAGGUCAACCUGGUACCUCUGGACGCGGCGCAGAAGAAGUCCAACAGUACAUUGCUCAGUACCUGCAGAGUGAAAACGUCCGAAAUUAUCUGGUUGGUCCCCAAGGCCCCCCUGGACCUAAAGGAGACAGCGGCCAAGAGGUGGAUUAUGCCGAGUUGGCAAGUCGCGUCAUGAGCUACUUAAGAGGCUCUGGAUUCACUUCUGGAGAGGCUAGCCAAGCAGGAUUUUUGGGUCCAGCCGUCACCUAUGAUGAAAUCCUGUCAAUGCUGCAGAGCUCCGGGAUGCAGAUCGGUCUUCCAGGACCACCCGGGCCACCAGGACUACCAGGACUACCUGGGUCUGGCUAUGGAGACAUCACAGCUUUACUUCAAGCCUCUGAGUUCCGAGGACUUGUUGGACCACCAGGCCCACCGGGACAACCAGGCCGUCCAGGGACACCAGGUCGGCCAGGGCCACCUGGUCCUAUGGGACCACCUGGCAAUCCAGCCACCAGCAGAACCAGCUUCGAUACAGAGGAAAUUUCCGCCUACUUACAAAAUGUUGGUUAUAUCGGAGGACCACCAGGACCACCAGGGCCCCCAGGACCUCAGGGACCCCCUGGUAAUGGUGGUAAUGGUGGCAGCUUGGUCUCUUAUGCUGAGAACAUUCAUGGCGAUCGGUUACGCACCGAACUCAUUGAGUACCUGACAAGUGACAGCAUUCGGAGAUAUAUCACCGGACCCCCAGGGCCACCAGGACCACCAGGACCUCAAGGCCUACGAGGGGCUAAAGGAGACAGUGGUGUUAUUUCAUCUUCAUUGUUAUCGUCAGGGUUGUUAUCAUCAGGAUCGUUAUCAUCAGGGUCGUUAUCAUCAGGGUCAUCAUCAGGAUUAUCAUCAUCAGGGUCAUCAUCAGGGUCAUCAUCAGGGUUAUCAUCAUCAGGGUCAUCAUCAGGGUCAUCGUCAGGGUCAUCAUCAGGGUCAUCAGGGUCAUCAUUUUCUUCAUUCGCAAUAGAUUACAACGAAGUGGCCUCCCGUGUGACGGAACAAAUCCAGAGUCAAGGCCUACUGCAAGAUGUCUCUUUCAACAUGCAAAGGACAGUGAUCCCAGGACCCCCCGGACCACCCGGACCACCAGGAAUCUGCCAAGUCUAUGCAACUCAUGCUAACAUAACAACCGAUCUCAUGGAGGUCUUUAGAACUUACGGAACUAUACAAGGUCCACCAGGACAAAAAGGAGAAAGAGGAUUCCCAGGGGCCAAAGGUGACAGGGGACCUCAAGGUUUUAGCGGACAACCAGGGUCAAGGGGGCCAAAAGGAGAGAAAGGAGAACAAAUAUAUGUGGGGAAACGUAAAAGAAGAAGCGUCGGAAUUUGAAGUGACAUCACCUACGAUUCACCUUAAAUUGUGAAUAACCAUUGGCUGAGAUUAGCCCCUCCCACAAACAUUAAUUGUAAAUACUGGCCCACAAGCACCUCCAAAGACAAUGCUUAAUUUAUAUUUAUCAGGGAUUAUGCAAUUACAGUCGUGACCAUAGAGUUUACUCAGGAUACUAAUCUGA